GCCGAGUCCAUACAAAACUCGGCCUCUCUUAGAGCCCAAGUUGGGUUUCCAAAACAGGAAGGCACAAUUAUGGAUGGGCCGAACUAUGGACGUGAAAUCGAUGCUCCCUUCCAGGCUUCCACUGUCCAGUUAUGAUUUGCUCUUGGGAUCAGUUGCUGUGUUUUAUGUCUUCAUGGUACCCUACACAAAGGUUGAAGAAAGCUUCAAUGUUCAGGCUAUGCACGAUAUUCUUUAUUACCGGCAUCACAUAGAGAGUUAUGAUCAUUUUGAAUUUCCUGGUGUAGUUCCUCGCACUUUUGUUGGCGCAUUCCUUGCAUCAGUUUUGGCGUCUCCACUGAUAUUUGCAAUUAACUUGCUGAAUCUGCCAAAGAUUUGCAGUCUUUUUGCAGUUCGUUUGGUCUUAGGUUGUAUCAUCCUAUCCACUCUACGCUUUUUCCGUGUUCAGGUUAGAAAUCAAUUUGGCCGUCAAGUAGAAGCUUUCUUUGUCAUAUUAACUGCAUUUCAGUUUCACAUGCUGUUCUAUUGCACUCGUCCUCUUCCUAAUAUUCUUGCACUGGGAUUAGUCAAUUUGGCAUAUGGUUGUUGGCUUAAGGGAAGUUCUUACACUGCAUUAAAAUGUCUGAUUUUUGCUACACUUGUCUUCAGAUGUGACAUGCUGUUACUCCUUUGUCCUCUUGGCCUCCAUCUUUUAUUGACUAAAUCAGUUUCAUUAUGGGAGGCUUUAAAGUGCUGCAUCAAAACCACUCUGUUGUGCAUGGGGCUUACUGUACUGGUUGAUACAGUCAUGUGGAAAAGAUUAAUCUGGCCUGAAUUUGAAGUUUUUUGGUUCAACUCUGUCCAGAACCGUAGUUCAGAGUGGGGUAUCCAUCCAUUUCACUGGUACUUCACUUCAGCACUUCCCCGCUCAUUGCUUGCAGCUUAUCCUCUCCUUUUGCUAGGGGUUUUACUUGAUAGGAGGAUUCGAUCUUACAUUCUUCCAGUUUUAUGCUUUGUUUUUCUUUACUCUAAGCUUCCGCACAAGGAACUCCGUUUCAUCAUUGUUUCAAUUCCAAUAUUCAACUUAUCAGCGGCAAUAGCAGCUAAUAGAAUCUACAACAAUAGGAGAAAAGUAUUCUGGAAUUUGCUUAAUAUUGUCAUGCUAGGAUCACUAUUGAUCAGUCUAGGGUGCACUAUCUUAUUUUUCAUGGCUUCUUAUCACAACUACCCCAGUGGCUAUGCUUUGAAAGAAUUGCAUCAGAUUGGUCAUCCCAUCAACAAUUCAAAGGAACAGUGGGUUCACAUUGAUCCAUUUUCAGCCAUGAAUGGAAUUUCUCGUUUUUGUGAAAAUGAUUAUCCAUGGAGGUACUCUAAGGAAGAAGGCAUUCCACUGAAAGAAUUUUGCCAGAGAAAUUUUACCUACCUAUUAAGUGAGCACUCCUACAUUCAUGGAUUCGAGUGUUUAUUUUCUGUGAAGGGGUUUUCAAGAGUUCGUCUGCAAACUGACUUUCCACCCAUUUUACUGGUUAAAGAGCCAAAAGUAUUUAUUCAUGGUAAUAUUGAAAACAAGAAUGUCAUUCCUAUUAAUUGGCCUGGGUGCUAAUUAUGUAUCGAGCAGAGAUUGUUUGUGUGUGUGGGUGGGUGAAUGGGUCAACGGGAGAAUUUUGCCUCAACAGGACUUGUUUAAGUAGUUUCAAUUAAGGUCUCAAUUUUCUCUUGUUUUUCUGUAGAAAAAAUAGCAUCUGUGUUCAGUUUGCAUGAGAUGCCAAAUGAGAAUGUUUGCAGUGCAAAGGAUGAAUAGCACAUGGUGAACCUUUUUUUCUUUUCCCCCUACUUUUUCUUGAUGGGGAGAGUACAGGGUGAAACUUGAAUCGAGCCUUCCAUGAAAGAAACAACAGCAUUUGCUAUCGAACCAGAGCCUGCACUGUAUUUUCAUUUUCACCCUCUUUUAUGGUAUAUUAUCACUUUAAGUCAUCUGUCUAAAGAUCGUGGUUU